UGAGGCAGCCUGUGCCGGGGACAAGGGGAGGGGGGAAGGGGAAGGUUAAUUUCAAAACAAGCCGAGCUCGGGAGGGAACGAGCGAGCGAGCGGAGCGGGAGAGUGUCAAGAUGGCGAGCGUGCUGUCCAGGCGCCUGGGGAAGCGCUCCCUGCUGGGCACCCGCGUUUCCACGCCCAGCUCCUUGGCAGACAGGAUGCUGGGGACGGCCCAAAUCCCCACAUUGCAGGCGGAGCUCAGCAGAGUGUCUUCCCACCUGGCUUCGUAUGAGGGUGGUCGGUGCAAGGAGCAGGGAGAGGAGAGCAGCACGAUGCCCAGCUUCCCAAACCUGAACCGCUUACAGCUCCACCCAGGACAAAGAAUGGUUGAUCAGUCCCGUUCCUCUGAGGAUUUGACGCUUUUAACCAAGGAAACCUCCUUUCUCUCUCGCCUGUCUUUUUGUUUCAUCCACCUGCUAUGUCUUGUCAUAACCCCCCAUUGUAAGCUGAUUGGGGUUUACGUCACCUAUAACGGGCAGGAGUGCGCUGGCCUGGUAGAGCAGCACAGUCAGCUGAACGACGAGGUGCAGGUGCUGCUCGAGGUGCAGGGAGUGCACACCUGCUGGAAGACCGAGGACGUGAGACUGGCUGAGAUGCAAAGAUCGCCGCCCCCUACCCUUCCGAUGGACCAUAGCCCUGCCACUGCGAUGGAUCAGAGCCCUGCCACUGGAUCAGUUCAGAGAUCGGUUUCUAGGAAUAUUGAUGUACCUAAAAGGAAGUUGGAUGCUGCUGUGGAAAUGGACGAGAUGAUGGCAGCUAUGGUGCUGACUAGCUUGUCCUGCAGCCCUGUGGUGCAGAGCCCGCCCAGCCGCGAAAGCAGCAUGCCGGCGUCCCAGGCAGCCUGCGACUCAUGGAAGGAGAGUGGCGACGUGUCAGACAGCGGCAGCAGCACCACCAGCGGGCACUGGAGUGGCGGCAGCGACAUCUCCACCCCAUCACCCCCGCAUCCUGAAGCCAGCCCCAAGUACUCGAGCGAGGCCUUGAGCUCCCCUCAGGCUGACGACGGCUUUGAGACAGACUCGGAUCCCUUUCUUCUCGAUGAGCCUGCCCCAAGAAAGAGAAAGAACUCGGUGAAGGUGAUGUACAAGUGCCUGUGGCCAAACUGUGGUAAAGUCCUGCGAUCCAUUGUCGGGAUCAAGCGUCACAUCAAGACUCAGCACCUUGGAGAUGGCGCAGACUCUGACCAGCGGAGGAGGGAGGAAGAUUUCUACUACACCGAAGUUCAGGUGAAAGAAGAAGCUGCUCCGGAGUCUGCCACCAGCCCCACCUUUGGGUCCUCGCCCAUUGUCCUCCAGCAGGCCCUAGCCAAGCCAGAAGCCUUGGCUUUGGACCAAGCAACCUUGGAGUCUCACCUCCCAAACAGUGCCCUCAGUCAGUCUGCCCCCAGUUCCUUCUGGCAUAUCCAGGCUGAUCAUGCCUAUCAGUGCCUAUCUUCAGGGCUGGGGCUGCUUUGUGCUGUAUAUGUGUAUGCCUUGCCAUCAAUUCAGAUUCCGGUGUCACCACACAUAUUCACCAGCAUCAGCUGGGCUGCUGCCACCUCCACCAUCCCUUCUCUCUCCCCAGUUCGAAGCAGAUCACUGAGCUUCAGUGAACACCAACAGCCAACACCAAUGCUGAAGUCACACCUGAUCGUCGCGUCUCCUCCCAGGGCUCCCAGUGGCACCAGAAAAGUCCGUGGCGAAGCCAAGAAAUGCCGUAAAGUUUAUGGAAUUGAGCACCGAGAUCAGUGGUGCACGGCCUGCCGGUGGAAAAAGGCCUGCCAGCGGUUCCUGGAUUGAGCACAUGAACGUUUCAGGAGUAUUGAAUUUCUCUCUCUCUCUCUCUCAGCCGAGAGCACCCAAAGUUGGUCAUUACUGCAACCAGGGCACAGCAAACUUGGAGGUAUCUAUCUCCUGUGGCUUCAGCAGAGAUCUCAAGAGCUGCAUGUAAAUUCCAAGUUCUGUAUAUUGUAUGUCAGCUGGAUUUAUUAAUUUUUUUACACUUUCUGUGGGUUUUUUACAAAUGUUUUUAAAAACAAAACUAAACUCCCAUUUUAUAGUAAAAAUAGGGAAGGAAAGAAAGAGCUGGUUGCUUGGUGUUCAGAGGAGACUUGUUAUUUGGUGGUCCAGGGACCAAAGAACUUUUUACUGAUCUCCCAGCUCAACAGUAAAGUCUACUGAACUUUCAGGUCAGUAGCUGGGAUAAGGAGGUGAGGAUCAUCUCUCUCUUACUUGACUGGCUAGAAAGCUCGAAGUCUGCUGUUGUUUAAAGGGACACGGUCAGAAGAAUAAUCAUAGUUCAAAAAAGGAAAAUGAUGUUCAUGCUUUACUAGUAACACCUUAAAUUAUUGGAAUGGGAGGAAUUUAAAGUUCUUUCCUUUGCUUUUUACCAAUGAUACUGUGUUUACUCUUUACAGCUCUGAGCUCUGACAGUAAAGCUGGACUUGCUAUGUCUCCGGUCAGUUUCACUUCCUGGUUUUUAUGUGUUCUGAUACAUCUGCAUCAGCAAUGUUGAAAUCUUAAAAUAUACAGCUACAUAUAUUUUUAUCUUUUAAUUGAAAAUUUUUUUUUAAAUGAAACUACUUUUUUUGUUUAUCUUAGAUUCAUGAAAACAACUUAUUUCUUUGAAAAACAGAAAUUUUGGGUCUAACAGUGUCUCUUUAAACUACAGGGAAUGGGUUUUUAUUUUGAAACCUGAUGUAGCUUUCUGCAAAGUUGGCAGGAUCAAUAUUGUUAACCCAAGAGGACUAAAAAGGAUGGACACACAAAAAUUUUAGGCCCCAGUUCAGCAAAAUGCUUACAUACAUUUUUACAUUCUGUUGAAAUCAGUGGGACUAAAGUACAUGCUGAAGGAGUUGGGAUUAUUUGCAUGCUUAAAGAUAAGCACGUGCUUAUGUCAUUUGCUGAAUGAGCAUCAUAGAUAGGUAGGUUACGAAAUUCUGAAGUGUGAAAGAUGUCUGAACCCAGCUUUCUGGCUUUCAUUUUUUAAAAAUUCAUAUUCUCUUUACAUGAUUCAAAUGUUUCUGGUUUGAUGAUCUGUCUUUGUGUACAGUUUACCGUCCUCAUGGGGUAGAAUUUGUCCCGGUUUGCCUGAUUCUCACUUAUAGCAGUGUAACUUCAGGGGAGUUACUCCUGACUUGCACAGGUUUAAAUAAGAGAAGAAUCAAGCCCAAGGAGUCUUUCUGGAAUUGCCGGGGGAGGGGUUGGGAGAGCUGGAGGGAAAGAUCAAAGGUUCCAGAGGCCCCUCUGAUUUUUGGAGAGGAGCACCAUUUAAUUCACCACCAGCAGUCAGGUCCAAUUUUUAUUGUUUUUGGUCUUUGCUCUCAUGACUGAUCAGCCACAUAUAGGAAGUGCCCAAUCUACUGUCUGAGCUGUGAAAAGCCACUUGGCAGCAAGUGCAGUCCAGCCACAAUACCAGCACACACAUUGCAGCUGCUGUGAGGAGCAGCAGAGUGCAUCCCAUGGCACAGUGAGCUGUCCUGUGGAAGUUUGGCCCUGCAUGGACAGGACCCUGGCGACCAGGAUGCUAGUGUCAGUGUCUCCGUCCAUCUCACUGUGUGGCCUUGGAGCACAAAGGCAAAGAAUUUUGUUCCAUACGUCCCCAUUUUGUGUCUUGGGGAGUCAGUGGUUGUUUCCAUAAUUGAACCCAGUACGGCAUGCGAUGGUAGCAGUGAGGGUUGACUGGACACUGCCCCCGGAGUGUGCCAUUUUGAUCAUGUUGAACUCAGUGGGUGUCACAAAAGUGCUCUGGCAUAGUUGCUAAGGAGCCAUGGUUUCUCUUAACGGGGCAAGGAAUGCCCCUGUCACUAAAGCCAUUCAAGUGCUACACUCUGUUGUGCAGAGAAUCCUGGCGCUGUGAAGUCUGUUUUGUUUGUAAAUACAAAAUGGCAGCUACGCACCAGCCAUGUGGUCCAUGUUGUGCAUAACUCGGCUGCAGUCAGAGUUGAGGGUUUUGUAUUAAUGGGCGUGGGUGGGAAGGGGGUCAUUGGACUUUUUGCUGCGUUUUUGAUAAUCAUAGGCCAUAAACUGCAGACCUCAACCCAUGGGCAAGGCAGAAACAAGCCUGGUGUAUUUUUAAGGACCAUAUGAUUGACUACACUUUCUUUGUAAAAUCAGUUCAUGUGACCAGGAAGGUGUUGUUUCCUCCCGGUUCAACGUGAGCCUGGUUGAUAAAGGGGCAGGUGGUGCAGUCAAAGGGGGUUAUAUAUGGGCGUGCUUAUUGGUAUUUUUUUUUGUAAUUUUGUACAUAUAUACAGUAUAUUGUUUUAGAACCCAGUCUUCUGCAUGCUGUUAAAUUGGUGGAUGCCAAAUUGGCCUAUGGGAAGCAGGAACAAAGUGAGUGUGUCUCCUCCCUAUUUGUUUUUUUUUUUACCUAGUCCACUGGUUCUCCAGUGGGGUCUGAGCCAAUGGAAUCAGCUAGGUCUGAUUCAAUAGGGUCAGGUUCUCUACCUGGGUCCAUGUGGGUCUGAUGCAAAGUCCAUUGAAGACAAUGGGAGUCCUUCAGUGACUGCGGUUCAGACACUUUAUGAAGGAAGGAGUCCAUAAGAGGCCCUCUCUUACACUUCAGUCCCUCCACUGUGACUCUUACUCAGAUGACCACCAUAAAGAGCUAGCAGUUUGAGAUCCACUGGCUUAGUCUAAUGUGAGAAAUAUGGAUUAUGAAAGCAGACAAGUUGCUGAACAGGUGACCUUUAAAGGAAAACUGCAGUGAUUUGUCAUAACCGGUGUUAUUAAGCCCCAGGGAGGUAUUAUAUUUGACUAAAUACUGUAAAGGAAUGACAUUUCAAAAGAGAUUUCAGACACAGUGGUUGCUCUGCCUCAGAAGUACCAUUCAGAGAAAGGGGUUGAUGAUAGUCAGUUGGGGCUGCCAUUUUCAUGGUGAAGAAUUGUGCUUCCCUACUUGAACCCUGACAGGACAUAGUUGAAAAUCGGGCCGUUCUAAAAUAUUUUCUAUUUCUUUUUAAAUGUUUCAGUUGAUUUAAUGGUUUGGUUUUAACCAACUUCUUGUAUUAAUCAAAAACAAUGUAAAAACCCCACAAACCUUCAAAACCGUCUAAUUUCCAGGUGUUUUUACUUGACUUGAAUUGGCUGAAUCCUAACCUGCCAAUGCACCUUUCUGUUUAUUAAUCAUCCGUCUUUAUUGUAUUUCAGGCACUAGGGGCCUACUCUUGCAGUGCUUGUAUGAGUACUCCCAGUGACCUCAGCACUGCAGUGGGACUACUCACAUGAGAAAGGGCUGCGGAAUUGGAUACAUAGCUCUUAAAAGCAGUGGUUAAACUAUCUUUUGGGUUACACUGCAGUUUUCCUUUGAGGCUGACACCUGUGCCCACUGAUAAAAUUAUGAAAGGAAACCGCUUGUCUCCCAGUUUGAACUCUUGAUGUUGGAUGCUGCUUACUUGCAUGCAAGUGCUACUGUGUUUUUUGCACUCGAGUUAUGGAAGGUUAAAGUAAAACUGACUAGAACCAUCGCCUGCAAUUCAAAUACAAGUCUUUUUUGAGGCCCCAAAAGUUCAGAUUCUGAUUUUAUUAGUUGUUUUUCAUUCCCAGUUCUGGAACCAGAGAAAUGCCUCAUCUCUUAUUCCUGGCUCUGUGUUUAAGGUUUUCAUCUCUCAUUACUGUAGUAUCUGAGCACCUCAGAAACUUUUAAAUGUAUUUUUUUCUCACAACACCUCUGUGAGGUAGGGUAGUGCUAGUGUUCCUAUUUUACAGGUAAAGAAUUGAGACACAGAGAGCCAGAUUUCUAAAUGUGCUAGAUGCCUGUUAUGGGGCUCCCCAUCCCAGAGCACUGCCUUAUGGCGUUGUCGUCUCUCUGUCCUGGAGAACCCUCUUGUGAUGGAGUCAUCUCUCUCGUGUAGUGGGGUACUUGGCCCUCUGGCUAUCUCCCUCUAGAGUCCCACCCCUUUUGGGCCAUGUGUCCUUAAUGUCCUUCAUCAGUAUUAAAACACACACAGGGAACCAAAAAGUCUUCUGCCCCACCCGGGGUCUUCAGUUCCAGUCUCUACACCGAGUGACAGCAAGUGAAACAGUAACAGCAACUCCCUUCCAGCUUUAUGAGUUUGAGAUUUCAGUCUCUCUUCCAGUUCCCUUUAGUCCUCUGACCUAUUGUCAGGACACUGACCUGCAGGGCCUCAAGUCCUGCCCCCCCCUCCCUAGGGGGCCCGCGCCUGUAGUUAAUCUUGGCACCUGCAGAUUAUUCCGCUUUUCCCCCUGUCACCAAUCUGGUCACCUCACCAGCUGCUAUGAGGAGAAAUCCAACCUUCUUGAUCCCCAGAUGUGUUUUAAGCCUCCAGAGUCUGGAGCUGUUCCAAUCUUGAGAUUCCCUACGCAUACUCUUGGAGCACAGAUCCUCUAACACUCCCUCCAGAGAGCUGUGACCUCGCCAUCCACUACCCAGCGCCUGGAACCAAUGCUGAGACACUACAGACUCCCCUUGUAGCUUAAACACUCCGCUUCCCAAAACCACACCAAAAGUGUGAGCCUUCUGGGUUACCGUUCAACCCUCUCAGGGGACGCAUAGUAGUUGUGACAUAUAAUAGACACUUUGCGCAGAGUUCUCGAACGCUGCUGCUCUUUACUGAAUCAUACAAGAAAUACACAGAUCCAUACAAAAAUUAAAAAAAACUAUGCUCAUUUCCCUGCCUCAGUUUCUUCACCAGGGCAUUCUUUGGGCUGGUGUCAGAGCCUCUGGGACCAACCAGGUCCUUCUGCUGUGGACCGUUGGGUUCUGAAACAUGGAGUCUUCUCCCCAGCUCAACUACUAGUACUUUCACCUUGACUGAUCCAUGUCUUUCCUUCCUUCUUCCCAAAUUUCCUGUGUGUCUCACUCUUCUCCUGACCUACCCAACCUCUGUGUUCUUUAAAGUCUAGCAUUAACACCUAGGUAUCUUUGUUCUGCUUGGUACCUUUCUGUUCUCCACUUCUGGUUCCUUCCUUCAGAGAGGUAGGGUAAAACUGUUUUUCCCCCUAGGCCUAAACUCACCCACUGUUCCAAGGCGUUAUCACUUAUUAAGUUCUAAGGACCUUCUGUUGUAUCUGGUCUACUAAGAGGAUGUGAUCCAGCCCUGCUUAGCCCAUAGUGGAUACGCAUAGCUGGAGGAACAUUUGUGAUACAGCAUUUUUCAUGGUAACCACUUUAUAGUAACUUUGUAGUAUCAACCAGAAGUUAUAAAUUGUACAGAUAUGGGGUGUGACAACUUGGGGGAUCUAUAUCAAGGUCCUUCUUCAGACUUCCCCCCCCCCGAAGAGGAGUUCCAUCCUGCAUUUCCUCUUAAGUUCCUCUCCUCCCUAUCUGGCCACGCCCUCUCCAGGUGUAACCAGCAGGGUCACUCAAGCUCCCCAGCUGUUCACUAAAACCUUCUUUGCUGAACUUCUCAGAUCAGCCCCAGCCCAGGGCAGUUACCCCAGGUGCAGACCAGCUCCCCCUUAAAGGGGCCCAGUCACCCCAUGACACCAUUUAAUUCCCAUUGAUUUCAUUGGGAGUUAGGCACUUACAUACAUCUGAUCCAGAGAGACUAAGGACCAGAUUUCUAAAGAUCCAGACAUAGGCACCUACUGGGAUUUUUCAGAAUCCCCUACCUCAUGGGAGGCGUAGUAAGGAAUUGAACCCCCAAGUCUUUUGAGUUACAGCCUAGCACCUUAAUCACUUGACUGUCGUGUCUCUCAGGAAGUGGAGAGGUCCAGAAAUCUUAUUAGAGAGCCUAUUUUAUGACCUUCUUAGAACAAUUUGCAGACUUCAAAUAAAGCCAUCUUAGCAGUUUACUGAUUGUAGUCUCCUCUCUCUCUCCAGCCCUGAGAUUGGAGGAACAGGACACAACUCACCCUGCCCACCCGUCGCUCGCUUUCUCUGGGACUGUUGGGCCCUUCUCUUGCUUAGGACCCUGCAGUUCAUAAGGUUAAUCUGGGUCACUCAGGAAAUUAAAAUAAGCAUCCAGACUCAGGGGUGCUGAUCAGACCAAUCCUAUGAGCCUCUUUAAGGUUCACCCCUCAAUAACUGGCAUUGAACAAUCCAGAGUCCCCAACCCAAAAAUUUGUAUGUGUUUUUUAUAUAUAUAUAAAAUGUUUAUUUCAAGGAUAAUUGUUUUGCUGACAGAAGAUUGGGUUUUGAAAAAAAAUAACAUUUUGCUUUUGUUAAAUGUGAUUUUUAAAAAACGUGUAAACGACUUUGGAAUAAGCAGUCACCUACAGAAUCAUGUGGUAUACAGUAUACCCUCGCUAAGCGGCACAAACUCUUAGGACAGAGAGGAAUGCAGAAUUUAUCUGCUAUUGCCAUGGUAUCACAGGCGUGUGUGGGAUGGGAGGAAGGUAGGCAGGAGAGAAGUAUUACACCACUAACACACACUAAAUACUGUCCACUGGCUUUUUUCCCCUAUUUUGCAGCACCUUUGUUUAUACACAUAACCAUCUUGCAAUGCCUGAUUCCAAAAUGAAGAGCACUUAAUAAUAAUAAUAAAAAAAAGAUCUUACAUAGGAAUAUUUUGUAUCAGUGUUUUUUAAAAGAUUUGAAAGGGGAUAGGGGAUUCUUACACUUUAUUUUGAGGGCUUUUGCGGUACAGAUUUAACUGGACAAAAUAGUUCUUAACCAUAUGGUGGUUGUUUUAUAUGUGGGUGUUUUUUUGUUGGAACAGCUGGUGCAGGUAUUUUUUAAAUUUUAUUUGAUUACACUUUUUUAUUUGUUGGCAGAUAUGACACAGCAAGAUUUUUAAAAGUUUUUUUGUUUUUUCUUCACUUUUCUCAGCCUAAUUUUCUAACUUGCUUCCAACCACACUUGGUAGACUCUACUUUUCCUUCUGUCACUCUUGUAUAUGCAUAGACUCCAUGCUUUAGAGCUUUUCUAAUCUUAAGCAAGUCCCCCUCAACCUCCAAACAUUAGGUAGCCCUGACCUGUGAAUUCAGCUAAGAAACACCUCCCAUAUGCCCCUGUUUGGUCUGAUUGUCUUUUUGUGCAUGUAUGUACAUAGGAACCUUUCUGCUAGGCAUUAACUGGAGUGUGUUCAGCCUACACGUUGUGACCCUUCAUUGUGGAUGGGAGAUUGGACCUCUAAAAGAAGCAAAGCAGUUGUGUUGUGUGAAGUUCAGCACCUGGUGACCCCCCCCACCCCAUUCUGUCACUCUACACCUCCACUGGAUUAAAGUAAUGGGAAGUCUUCAGGUAGAUACCCAAAGCUAGGGUAGGGUGUAACUUGGUUCUUUGUGGAGUUAUGGGAUAUGAGAAAGUGUGGAAAGGAUGGGACAUUUGUCGCCAAUAGCUGCUCUUUGGCAUGCUAUUCAGCUUAACGGGGAUAUGCCGUAUCAGUGAAUUUCUCUCAUUGGAGCUUUUUUCAGCUGUCUUCCAAGUAUUAUUUUUAUUGUAAUAAAAUAAAAAUGUGAAAUGUAAUUUUUACAGCAGCAAUAUAAAAUAUAUUUUAUAAGAAAUAAAAUGAAAAGUUGCCUGAUA